GGCUGGGCAGUAGAAAGAGGUGGUCUCUCCCUGGGAGCUUCAAGGGAAGCUGCCAGAAGUCAGGGUGGUACCCUGUCACUGUCAUUCCUGAGGGCUGCCCUUUAGCUGGUCACUAGCAUCUCACAGAGGCUGGGGAAGAUAAGUGGGGCCAGACCCUGAGAUUCAUAACAUCAGGCCUGGUGAUUCAUUCAUAAGCUUGGGCAUUGCCCAGGCUGGUGGUGACACCAGUAUGCAGAGACUUUGGCGCCGAAUUUCAGCUAUCUUUCAGUGGAAGACAGGGUCUGAAGAAACACCACAGGAAAAACCUGAAGAUAACUCCAAUUUGAAGUCUGUCAGAGGAAUUGUGACCUAUCUCUGUACCGACUAUGGCUGGAUUAAUGAAUCUAUCUUUUUCAAUACUGACAUGUUGUGUGGCAAUGUCCCACUGAACAUUGGGACAAGUGUCAUUGCUCUCGUGGAAGAAAACGAAACAACUCAUAUCCAAAAAGCAAUCAAGGUGAAAACUGUGACUAACCCUGUGGAUGGUACUGAGCAAUCAGACCUUGACAGAGAACUUUGUAUUAAGUGUGUCAGCUCGGUCACACAGGACAGCAUCUAUAUCGACAAGGAAACAUCUUUUCCUGUCCAUCUCUUUUCUGGAGGUAAGAUUUAUAGUUUUAAAAGCAAAGAGCAAGAGUGUGGGAAGUGUCCUUGAAAUUGAAAGUGAGGU